UGCUCCACAGCUCAGUCCAGGAGAAGCACUUUACGCAAGGAUAGCCGCUCCUCUCCGAGGGUCCUGCCCACUGCUACUAGACAGACUGCUUCUUGGCACCCACCUGUGAUCUCGGCCACUGCAAGCCCUUGGCUUCGAAAGGGAAAACCCGUCUCCCCAAAUGGCAAGGUUCCUGGAUUUCAUCCUCAACCACUGUUUGGCCACCUUAUUCCUCUCUGUGUCCCUGAGCCAGCUGACCUUCGCCCAGGAUGAUGGGCUUCCAAAGCCGCACCCGGACGGUGGAGCCAGCACUCCCAAAAUCCAGGUCCGUCUGGUAAACUCCAAGACGGGGCCCCACGAGGGGCGAUUAGAGAUCUUAUACAACUCGGAGUGGGGCACCGUGUGUGACGACGACUUCUCCAUGAACAACGCACACGUGGUCUGCAGGGAACUUGGCUACAGGGAGGCCAUCUCCUGGAUGCCUGGUCCCAAAUACGGCCAGGGAGAAGGCAGAAUUUGGCUGGACAAUGUGCACUGUACCGGCAGAGAAACAUCAUUAGCUCAGUGCAGAUCCAAUGGCUGGGGGGUAACGGACUGCAGGCAUACUGAGGACGUGAGUGUCAUUUGCAGCAACAAGAGAAUCCCGGGCUUCACAUUUGAUGACACCUGGCCCAACCAGAACGUGAACAUCCGAGUGGAAGACGCUCGGCUGCGGCCCAUCCUGGGUUACUUCCGCAAGCGCAUCCCGGUCAGCGAGGGUCAAGUGGAAGUGAAAGUCGGAGGCGUCUGGAAGCAGAUCUGUGAUGCAUUCUGGACCCAGAAGAAUUCCCGCGUCAUCUGCGGCAUGUUUGGAUUUCCCAGUGAGAAGAAGUUCAACGCCAAAGUUUACAAGAUAGCAGCAUACAGAAGGAAACACAACUAUUGGGCUUAUUCCGUGGACUGCACAGGCAACGAAUCCCAUCUCUCCAGCUGCAAACUGGGCCGUCACCUCAACCCGGAUCACGUGAAUGCUACCUGUGAUCAUGGGAUGCCGGUGGUGGUCAGUUGCCUCCCAGGACGUGCGUUUGCUCCCAGUGGUCACCCUGGUUUCCGCAAAGCUUACCGGCCAGAGCACACAGUGGUGAGGCUAAAGGGUGGCGCCCUGCCUGGAGAAGGUCGCGUUGAAGUGAUGAUGAACGGGGAAUGGGGAACUAUCUGCGAUAACAGCUGGGACCUUCGAUCGGCCAACGUGAUCUGCCGAGAGAUUGGCUUUGGGACUGCCAAGGAGGCUGUUUUGGGGGCAAGAAUGGGGAAAGGUUUGGGUCCCAUUCAUUUUGGAGAGGUGGAUUGUAUAGGAUCGGAAAAGUCCAUCACUGACUGUAAAUUCAACACCCAGACACUGAGUUGUACCCACCAACAAGAUGCAGGUGUGAAGUGCAAUGUCCCAGAUAUGGGUUACCAAAACCAGAUUCGUUUGGUUGGCGGUCGGACACCUACUGAAGGCCAAGUGCAAAUCUCCCGGCAUUACAACGGCACACAGAAAUGGGGGACAGUCUGCAGUGAGAACUGGGGCAUCCUGGAAGCCAUGGUGGUUUGUCGACAGCUGGGCCUGGGCUAUGCUGGCCAAGCUUUCCAGGACACCGGAUACUGGUACAUAGACAACGGCGUCAAUGAGGUUCUGCUGAGUGGGGUGAAAUGUUCUGACACAGAGGUGUCCCUUUGGCACUGCCGCCACGAUUCGCAUGUGAACUGCCCCAAGGGAAGUGGAAGAUAUGCCGCAGGGGUUUCCUGCGCAGAGGCUGCCGCAGACCUUAUCAUCGACCCCAAGGAAGUGGAGCACUCUUGCUACCUCGAAGAGCGACCAAUGUACAUGCUGCAAUGUGCCCAGGAGGAGAACUGCUUGUCUUCUUCUGCUGUCAACACGUCUGUGACAGACGGCUCCCGGAGGCUCAUGCGGUUCUCUACCAUGAUCCAUAACACGGGGACUGCCGACUUCCGCCCCAAGUAUGGACCCCAGGAUUGGACUUGGCACGAGUGUCACAGGCAUUACCACAGCAUGGAGGUGUUCACACAUUACGACCUCCUGGAUCAAAAAGGGAAAAAAGUGGCUGAAGGACACAAAGCCAGCUUUUGCCUGGAAGACAGUGGCUGUUCAGAAGGAAUCGAGCCUCAGUAUGGAUGUUACAAUUUCGGGGAGCAAGGGAUCACCUCUGGGUGCUACGACAUCUACCAGCAUGGUAUCGACUGCCAGUGGAUUGAUGUAACAGAUGUCAAGACAGGAGACUAUAUCCUCCAGCUCAUUGUCAAUCCAAACUAUGAAGUGGCAGAGACGGAUUUUACCAACAACAUUAUGAGAUGUAAAUGCAAAUAUGAUUUCGACCGCAUCUGGUUGUACGAAUGUCAUACAGUCAACUCCUACAGCGACUCAAUAGAAGAGAAAUUUAAUCACCAGAAAGGACUGAUGACCAACCUGGUGUCUUAAUCCAGUUUUUAGGAACGAUGACGUUGCCCUUUCUUCCCGUGAUUUCCCAAACCACUGCUCAGAAAAGAAAGUAAUCAAGAAAACAACUAUGAACUUUAAAAAUUAGCUUUGUAAGUUAUUUUCAAGGGUGUGUUCGUUGCCUAUUUUGUGUGUGUGUGUUCAGCAGUAACAGAAGUAGCAUUGACUCUCCAAGAUCGUCAUUGCAAGCUCUCCGGCCACCUUGGUUCACCACGACCAAGGCAGCAGCACCACCUCGUGGACAACCCACACCAAGGAUGUCUGGAUCUUCCAAGUUAUGACUUUCCCCCCAUUCCCACCAAGAAACGUCUUCCACAACUCCACAUACUGUCUUAGUAGGACUUGAAGGUCUCACUCAACGCUACGGGUGCAGAACGGAAGACCCGUGGAAGUCCUCAGAGUCUACGUAAUAGAGUCUCCAAGAGCACUUGACAGUUUGAUAACAGCAUGAUGGGGAAACGUUCCCCGUAUCUUGGUUUCCAAAGCCACUAGACUGUGAAUUUUUACCGCCGUUGACCCCACUUCAAUGCCUUCUCCCGGUCCACCUUCCGUACUACAACGGAAUUACUCUGGUGUUGUGCUUGUGACAGUCCCUUCUGACCCCCAUUUUGCCACCUUUGAUAUCUUUUGUGGACACGUUACUAAAGGCAUCGCGGUUAUUUAAUUUA